AUGGAGAGGUAUAGAGCAAGAAUUGGUUUGGCACAGGCUGUGGUGAAUGUGUCAAACAAGAUUUGGGCUUUUAUUGAUGAAAAUUUUGAGGUUACUAUUCUAUAUAAUAUGACUCAACAGCUGACUUUGAGAUUGAUGCACACUGAAACACAUGUUGAGCUCAUCCUUACUCUAUUUUAUGCCAAAUGUGAUCGCAUUGAAAGAAUUGAACUAUGGGAUACUUUGUAUGCAAUGGCAUCAGAUAUGACAGUACCAUGGCUAGUUGGAGGCGACUUUAAUGUGAUAUGGGAAGAGGAAGAGAAGUAUGGAGGCUUGCCAGUUUCUCUCCUUGAAGUAGAUGACUUUAGACACUACAUCAAUACCUGCAACUUGACAGAUUUGGGAUUUAAAGGAAGCAUAUUUACAUUGUGGAAUGGAAGAUCAGAGGAGGACUGUAUUUUUAAAAGAUUGGACAAAUGUUUUGGCAAUAAUGAAUUGCAACAGACCUUUAUUAGAUUGGAGUUAAAGAAGCUUAAGCAAGUACUAUCUACCAGGAGUAGAGCUACAUAUGGGGAUAUAUUCCAGAAGAUUGCAAGCCUGGAGGAGGUGGUCCUGGUUCAUGAAAGACAAUUUGAAGUCAAUCCUACACAGAUGAACAGACAAAGAUUAAAACAGAAUAGCCUUGGUAACUGGAUCGAAGAAGAUCACUUAAUAGCAGAAGAAGCAAUAAAGUUCUACAAGGAUCAAUUUACUGAGACUGCAGUUCCAAAUGAUUUUGACAUUCUAAAUCAUGUACCUUCAAUGGUAGAUAAUGAUCAACAUGAAAGAUUGAUGGCCUUGCCUUCCAAUGAAGAAGUGAAGAGAGCAGUUAUGGGGUUGAAUGGAGACUCGGCUGGUGGACCGGAUGGUUUCACUGGAGCCUUUUAUCAAACAUGCUGGGAAAUUAUUGAAGAAGAUGUAGUACGCAUGGUCAAGGCAUUCUUUUGCAGUCAAUAG